AUGCCCUCCAAGUUCUUCGUCUGCAACCAAUGCCUUCGGCAGGCGCCCCGGCGCUCGCCUUCGUCCAUCCUCAACAUCAUACGAUCACGAGGGUACGCCGAUGCGAAGCCAUUGGAGAGCCUCGCCGCCCAGAAUGCUUCGGCCCUGGCUUCUCAGGCGCAGGGACAGGCUUCGAAGGCGUUUCCCAAGAAGACCACCUCCAAAGCAGUCGCAGUCUGGCUCUUGGGCAGCGCUGCCAGCUGCUUCGGCAUCGUCGUCUUUGGCGGACUAACAAGACUGACUGAAUCUGGACUCAGCAUAACGGAAUGGAGACCCGUCACCGGCUCUCUUCCUCCCAUGUCCGCCGCCGACUGGGAGUCCGAGUUCGAAAAAUACCGUGCCUCGCCGGAGUUCAAGCUGCUCAACCCUCACAUGACCCUUGACGAGUUCAAGAAGAUCUACUUCAUGGAGUGGACGCACCGCCUCUGGGGCCGCUUCAUCGGCCUCUCCUUCGUCCUCCCCUCGCUCUACUUCGUCGCCCGCCGCAGGGUCUCGCCCCGGAUGGCGCUCAACCUGCUCGGCAUCUCCAGCCUGAUCGGCUUCCAGGGCUUCAUCGGCUGGUGGAUGGUCAAGUCCGGUCUCAAGGACGACCUCUUCGCCCCCGGCUCCCACCCGCGCGUCUCGCAGUAUCGUCUGACCACCCACCUGGCCACCGCCUUCGUCUGCUACUCCUGGAUGCUCCUCUCGGGCCUCACGAUCCUCCGCACCCGCCGCCUGCUCGCCGACCCCGUCGCCGCCUCCGCCACCAUCAAGGCCAUCAGGAACCCUGCCCUCAACGCCUUCAGGCGCUCCGUCCUCGGCGUCACCGGCCUCGUCUUCCUGACCGCAAUGUCUGGCGGCCUCGUCGCUGGCCUCGACGCCGGCCUCAUCUACAACGAAUUCCCCAAGAUGGGCCUCGGCCUCACCCCGCCCAAGUCCGAGCUCUGGGACAAGUUCUACUCCCGCAAGGAGGACGGCUCCGACCUCUGGUGGCGCAACAUGCUCGAGAACCCCAGCCUCGUCCAGCUCGACCACCGCAUCCUCGCCGUCACCACCUUCUGCACCAUCCUCGCCCUCUUCGCCUACGCCCGCACCGGCCGCGUCGCCGCCGCCCUGCCCCGCGACGCCAAGAAGGGCACCACCGGCCUCGUCCACCUCGUCUCCCUCCAGGCCGCCCUCGGCAUCUCCACGCUCAUUUACAUGGUCCCCAUACAUCUGGCCGCCACGCACCAGGCAGGCAGUCUUGCCGUUCUCACGGGCGCCUUGGUGCUCGCUCACCGACUUCACGUCCCCAAGUCGACUGUCCGCAUGAUUGAGCAGAAGCUGAAGCAGAUCAAGCCAUGA